AUGACCCAGAUGGAGAUGUCCAGCGAGAUUCCAUGGCCAACGAUUGGGGCAGUGAUAUCUUGGUACGGUUCAAACAUUGGCGUCCUUCUUUUGAACAAAUACUUGCUCAGCAAUUACGGGUUCGCGUACCCUGUUUUCCUCACUCUGUGCCACAUGACGGCGUGCUCGUUCUUCAGCUAUGUUGCUGUUUACGUGAUUAACGUUGUCCCGUUUCAGAGCAUAAAAUCGACGAACCAGAUGGUGAAAAUUUGUGGGCUGAGUGUCGUUUUCUGCUUCUCCGUCGUCUGCGGAAACAUCUCGCUCAAGUACAUCCCGGUGUCGUUUAAUCAGGCUAUUGGAGCAACCACUCCCUUUUUCACAGCUGUUUUUGCUUAUCUGGUGGACAGGAAAAGGGAAGCUUGGGUUACUUACGCCACUCUCGUGCCUGUCGUUGCAGGGGUCGUCAUAGCCACUGGGGGAGAACCAAGUUUUCAUCUUUUUGGAUUUCUGAUAUGUGUUUCGGCAACUUCUGCAAGAGCAUUUAAAUCAGUGCUUCAAGGCGUUUUGUUAUCUUCAGAGGGGGAAAAGCUGAAUUCCAUGAAUCUGCUGAUGUACAUGGCACCAGUGGCAAUGCUGGUUUUGCUUCCAGCAGCACUAUUAAUGGAGCAAGAUGUGAUUUGGAUCACAAUGAAUUUGGCUAGAAACGACAUCAGAAUCGUGUGGCUUCUGCUCUUCAGUUCUUCCCUCGCUUAUUUUGUCAACUUGACCAAUUUCUUGGUCACCAAAUAUACCAGUGCUCUGACUCUUCAGGUUUUAGGAAAUGCAAAGGGGGCGGUGGCCGUGGUGGUAUCAAUAUUAGUAUUUAAGAAUCCAAUUUCAAUUGUAGGAAUGAUGGGCUAUGCUCUCACUGUGAUUGGCGUGGUUCUUUACAGUGAAACCAAGAAGAGGUAUAGCUGAAACUUGCACCAUCACA